AUGGGCGACUACGAGGACCACGACCUCCUCGUGGCCCGCCACACGUCGAGCCGCAAGGACCGCCACCGCCGCAAGAAGUACCGGCGCGACCGCGUGCGGCCCGAGGACCACGAGGACCUCGUGGCGGGCCUGCGCCAGUCGCACGACGCCUGGACGGACGUCGUCAAGGACCGCCACGCGGACGACGACCGCUACGAUUAUGAGGAGAGGCGGUCGCGGUCGGCGUCGGCGUCUCCCGCGAAAAGACCGCCGCCGCGGCGCGACGACGACGACGUCAUGCUCCAAGUGCAGGAAAAGCUGGCCACGCAGCUGCACCGGCAGGAGCAGCUCCACGCGUCCAUGGAGAAGCUGCUCGACCGCCAGCGCAAGCUGGCGCAGGAGCUCGUCGAGCGCGACAAGCAGAGCCGGCAGCACGUCCAGCGCAUCGAGGCCGUCGUGUCGAGCAUGGCGACGGGCGAGGCCGUGCCGGACGCGCCGGUGGCCGGACCGUCGAGCGCGGUGGACCACUCCGGCACGCUGCCGCGCCUCGCCGAGGAGCUGCCGUACAAGGACGGGCUGCUCUCGUGGAGCGAGGAGAACGUGGGCGAGCUCUUCGCCUGCAUCGCGUUCAAGCACCUCAAGAGCGUGAAGGACGAGGUCGACAACGACGAGGCGGAAGAGAACGCGAACGAGAUCAAGCAGGCGGCCAUGGCCCACGGCGUCGACGGGCGGGCUCUGCCGCACCUGACGAUCGAGGACAUGGAGAAGAUCGGCGAGAAGGCGGGCCACGUCGAGGGCGGCGGCGAGUGCGCCCUGAAGUUCGUCGGGCACCGCAUCGCCAUCCUGAACUCCAUCCACGCGUUCGUGGAGGCGUACAAAGCCGAGCCAUGGGACCGGGUGAAGGAGCUCCCGCUGCUACUGCGAGCGGGGAAGAACCGCCACGAGGGCGAGGAGAAUCUGACGGAGAAGCUUUGCAAGACGUUCGGCGUCGACAUAAUUCAAGGAGACAACUCGGAAGAAGCGCUCCGGGCCGCCAUGGUGCACAAGUCCAGCAAGCCGAAGGCGAAGAAGCGGCCGGAGGUCGUCGUGCCCGUCUUCGCCACGCUGCUCAUGAAAAAGCUUACGGAAGAUACCGACGGGAAUCUGGCCUUGGUCGGCACGUUCAUCCAGCGGCCCCUGCUGUACGACCUCAAGGCCUUUGACCGUGAGUCGGGCAACGAAUCAAAACCAUAUUUCGACAUGCGCGUCAACGAGGGCGAGUCCAAGCCUGAAGACUGCUUCGAGGUGCGGAAAGUAGCGCGUGACCUGGGCCCGGGGCCCAAGAACAAGGACCUGAGGGAGGGCGACGAGAAGGGCUACUUCACGACGGCCUCCACGACCUUCGUGGCCAAGAUGCCCCUCAAGCUCGACAGCGUCUACAACGAGCCGCCGUUCAAUAUUAUGUCCGCGACGGUCAUGAUCGAAUUGACGAGUUUCAUCGGCACGAACGCUCUGAACGAGAAGUUCGAGAUGCGGCCGAGCUUUGUGUCUCACGCGGCGGACUUGCGGAACCUCUGUUCGGUACGGGACUGGAAGGAAGACUACAAGAUGGACGAGAUGAAGCGCUGGGAGCUCGUCACGCCGAUGCCCACCAUCGAAUACGAGUACGACGGCGGCAAGGGGGAAAAGGCGCUCUACGUGCCCAAGCUCCGGCUGACCUACUACCUCUACGAGGAGGCCAUCCAGCCCGUCAUUGAGACGGUCAUGCCCAUCAUCUUCGCGUACGUGGCUAAUACGUACAACAUCAUCAACUCGUUCAAGGACGAGGAGCGCGAGUUCAAGGACUACCUGGCAAACAAUGUAGGCAUCGGUCUCACGAUCGUCUUCAUCAUCCCGAGUAUAGCCAAAAGCGACGCGUUCGACGCGGAGUGGAAGUGGAACUACGUGUAUGUCGUGUGGAUCUUCGCGUCGCUCGUGCUCUCGCUCCCGGCGUACCUGGUGCGAUGGCAGGAGCCCCUGUUCCGGCUCGGCAACGGCGCAAACGUGACUCUUGCGCACCUCGUCAUCGUCUUCCAAUGGGCGUCACUCAUCAUACCGCUCUAUAAUGGGCUUCAGUGGCAGGCGAGAUUACGCAAGAUCCGGUCGAACUGGAAGAAGAAGAAGGACCUGCGCAUGACCUUUCUCGGUCGGCCGGGCGAGAUGAGCGAGCGGAUGCGGAAACAACAGGGGAAAGGGGACACGGGCAAGACCGCGAACACGAAGGGGUCGAAGGACGCGCUCAACGGAGACCUGCGGACCUUCGUCGUCAGAACAGGCGAAGGGAAGAAACAGAAGAUCGUGCUCAACCCGGACAUCUUAGGCGAGGAGGCCAUGGAGACGACGUACAAUGAGGCGGGCCACGCGCGCAAGGGCCGCUUCGAGCCCUGGCAGUUCGACGCGAAAAACCACUACAUCUACUGCGGGCUCCACCGCAACUACUACCAAGAUCCCGCCGUCGCGAAGGCCAUCGACCACGACGAGCACAACGAGCCCUACAAGCGGCGGCUGCGGCACGACGAUCCACCUCCGGAGGAAUAAUACUAUAGUGAUAUAUUACACGUGGCAUGUACCACCGCCGCCGCGUCACACCUCCCGGCUCUCAUGUUCUUUCCUUGAUUUUUCUCUCUCUCUUCUACAAGCUCGUAUGCGGCGCCGUUGCCGCGCGCAAUCCCCCUCCGAGCUCGUUCCUUGCCCCUCUAGCCCUCCUUCUAUACGUCGCGCCAGGUAUCGCGCGCGCAGGAGACUUCGCCUUACCGGUAUACCGUGGCUUGUGGUCGCCAUGGCGCCAGGCCCGCGCUGUCCCGCGGUGCAGCGCCGGAGAGCAGAUUAGCGGAGCAACGCCUGGAGACUGCAGCCCUUUCUUUUAAAGGUGCCAGGGCAGUAUAAAGGCUGCCCGGGCACUCCAAACUAGCCGUGCAAUUGACUGAACAGCUGCAAAAUAGUUGGGCAAACAGGGCAGGGUAAGCCUUGCGUCGUCCUACGCAGUAUCAGUAGCCGCCAAGAGCGCGGCGGAUGAUGAGCCGCAGCCACCGCGCCCGCGCCGUGCGGCCCGCCGAGAGCCCGGUGGAGGACCUCCGGAGGACGCACGACGCGUGGACGCGGGACCUGCUCGACAGGCUGCCGCACGAUUCCGACUCCUCGGACGGCAACACACCGCCGCGCGCGCGGGCCACGCGGCACCGGUCGCCGACGAGAGACGCCCGCCGGGAGCCGCGGCAUCGGGCGCCGGCACGAGCUGCACCCGAGGAGACGUCGGUCUCGACGGGGGCCCUCGAGCGGCAGAUAGCGGGGCUGACCUCGGCGAUUCAGAUGCUCGUGGAGCAGCAGGCCGCGCAACUCCAUGGCCAGGAGAGGCUGCGUGCGGAUAUGGUGCAGAUGCUGGCGCGGCAGCAGAACGUGGCCGCGGGCGAGGUUGUGCCGGACGCUCCAGAAACAGGACCGUCGAGCGCGGGGGCCUGGGACGGGCGCGACCACGCCGGCACGCUGCCGCGCCUCGCCGAGGAGCUGCCGUACAAGGACGGACUGCUCUCGUGGACCGAGGAGAACGUGGGUGAGCUCUUCGCCUGCAUCGCGUACAAGCACCUGACGAGCGUCGACGAUGCGACCGAUAACGAGGAGGCUGGUACGCAAGCGCAAGAGAUUAAGGUAGCGGCGAGGAAUGAGGGCAUCGACGGACGGGCAUUGUUGCAUCUUACCAUCGAAGACAUGAAGCAGAUAGGCGAAACGGCGGGUGUCGUCGCAGGCGGCGGCGAGUGCGCUCUGUCGCAGGUCGGGCACCGCAUCUCCAUCCUGAACUCGCUGGUCGCCUUCCGGGACGCGCACGCGCACGAGCCAUGGGACCGGGUGAAGGAGCUCCCCCUGAUAAGGAGCCAGGGUCUGGACCGCAAUAAGGGCGCGGCCAAGCUGACGGAGCAGCUGUGCAAGACGUUCGGCGUCGACCAAAUUCAGGGAGACAACGACGACAAGGCCCUCAAGGCCGCCAUGGUGCACAGGUCCAGCAAGCCGAAGGCGUCGAAGGCCCCGGAGGUCAUCGUGCCCGUCUUCGCCACUUUACUUGUCAAGAAGAUCAUCGAAGACACGGACGGGAACCUGAACUUGGUCGGCGCGUUCAUCCAGCGGCCGCUCCUCUACGAUUUGGCCUCGUUCGCGCGCACGUCGGGAAAGGAGACGUUGCCGUACUUCGACAUGCGCAUUAACGAGGGCGAGGCUCAGUCCGAGGACUGCUUCGAUAUGCGGCAGGUAGCGCGUGACAUGAGCGAGGGGGCCCAGGCCGACGUGAGGACCAACCAGAAGGGCUACUUCGCGACCGCCGCUGCGAACUUUGUCACGACCCUGCCCCUCAAGCUGAACACGGCUUUCGGCGAGCCACCGUUCAAGAUUGUGAGUGCCACGGUCUUGAUUGAAUUGACAUCUUUCCUCGGGAAAAACGAUGAGAACGAGUUGUUUGAGCUGCGUCCGAGCUUCGUCGCCCACGCGUCGGAUCUGCGGAUGCUCUGUUCGGUACGGGACUGGUUGGAAGACUACAAGAUGGACGAGAGUAGUAGCUGGAAUUUUGUCACGAUUAUGCCUACCAUCGAAUACGAGUACGACGGCGGCAAGGGGAAGAAGUCGCUCUACGUGCCCAAAUUACGCGUGACGUUUUAUCUUUACAAAAUGGCAACGGGCAAGUUCGUCGCGAUCCUCAUGCCCAUUGUCUUUGCUUUUGCCGCGAAUACGUACAAUAUUCUGCGCUGCUUUAAGCAGGAAGGUACGGAUUUUGCUGAUUAUCUGGCCAACAACGUCGCCCUCGGUCUCGCCGUCACUUUUGUCGUGCCGUAUCUCCUCGAGGAGGCCGAAUCGCUUACAGUCUAUUACUAUAUCAUCUGGAUAUUCGGCUCGUUUUUAUUAUCGCUCACGGCCUACUUUUGGCACGAGCCCCUUGAUCCGAACGGUAGGGGACCAAAGCGGAGCCAGAUGACCUGGGCGCACCUCGUCAUCAUCUUUCAAUGGGCGUCGCUGAUCAUACCAUUCUAUAAUUGGACUCAGUACCAUAGGGUAAUGAAGAAGAUCCGGUCGAACUGGACGGAGAAGAAGGACCUGCGCAUGACCUUUCUGGGUCGGCCGGGCUCGGUCAGUGACUGGGAACAAAAGUAUGUGAAAAAGAACGACACGGGCAAGGCCGCGAACAAGAAGGGCUCGCAGGACGUGCUCAACGAUCUGCGGACCUUCGUCGUCAAAACCGGCGACCCGAAGAAACCGAAGAUUAAGCUCAACCCCGAAAUCUUGAGCCACAAUGCGCAGACGACGACCUACACCGAGGCGGGCCCCGCGCGCAAGGGCCGCUGCGAGCCCUGGCAGUUCGACGAGAGAAACCACUACAUCUACUGCGGGCUCCACCGCAACUACUUCCAGGACAAAGACGUCGCGAAGGCCAUCGACCACGACAAGCACAAUGUGCCGUUCCAGCGAAAAAAGAACCACGAGCCAAUAGGCUAA